AUGACGUGUGUCCUAGUGAGAAGCUGCUUCAGUGGAAAAGCUCCACUGAGGCAGACAGCCAUUGUCCAUGUGCUCAGGACGAAGUCUUUGGUUACUUUUGGGGAGGUGGCUGUGUAUUUCACGGAGGCAGAGUGGGCAUUGCUGGAUCAUUACCAAAGAGCUCUCUAUGAGGACGUCAUGCUGGAGAACUGCUGGAGCAUAGCUUCUCUGGCAGGGGAUGAGCAGUGGAAUGACAGGGAUGAGAAAGUGCAUCAAUUAUUGCCAGAUAAAGUGAAGAAUGAUGAUGAUCGGAAAGAAAGUGACAGAAAUCCAAACAGACCUAAGAGACAAAAGGGAAUGACUUUCUCAGGUAGAAGAAAGGAUAAUGUCCGACUUCCAAAGCACAGUUUAUUGAGUGCACAUAAAUGCAUUUGGUGCAGAGAGUUCUUCAGCUCUAAAUCAAAGCUCCUUGUUCACCAGAGAAUGCACACAAGGCAGAAAUCUUUUCAGUGUUCUGAUUGUGGAAAUAGAUUCAGGCAGAGAGGUCAUCUUCAGCAGUAUAAAAAAACUCACACAAAGGAGAGACACUUUGUAUGCUCAGAGUGUGGAAAGAGAUUCAGUCGGAGUAGCACUCUUCAAGAGCAUCAAAGAACUCACACAAAGGAGAGACCUUUGGAAUGCUCAGAGUGUGGAAAAAGAUUCAGUGACAGAAGCACCCUUCAAAGGCAUCAGAGAAUUCACACAGGGGAGAGACCUUUUGAGUGCUCAGAGUGUGGAAAGAGAUUCAGUCAAAGUAGCACACUUCAAAGGCAUGAAAGAACUCACACAGGGGAUAGACCUUUUGAAUGCUCGGAGUGUGGAAACAGAUUCAGUCAGAGUAGCACUCUUCAAGAGCAUCAAAGAACUCACACAAAGGAGAGACCUUUUGAAUGCUCAGAGUGUGGAAAGAGAUUCUGUCACAGUGGCAAUCUUCAAAGGCAUCAAAGAACUCACACAAAGGAGAGACCUUUUGAAUGCUUUGAGUGUGGAAAGAGAUUCAGUCGGAGUAGCACACUUCAAAGGCAUGAAAGACCUCACACAGGGGAUAGACCUUUUGAAUGCUUCGAGUGUGGAAAGAGAUUCAGUCUGAGUAGCACACUUCAAAGGCAUGAAAGAACUCACACAGGGGAUAGACCUUUUGAAUGUUCAGAGUGCGGAAAGAGAUUCAGUCACAACGGCAAUCUUCAAGAGCAUCAAAGAACUCACACAAAGGAGAGACCUUUUGAAUGCUCAGAGUGUGGAAAGAGAUUCAGUCACAGCGGCAAUCUUCGAAGGCAUCAAAGAACUCACACAAAGGAGAGACCUUUUGAAUGCUCAGAGUGUGGAAAGAGAUUCAGUCACAGCGGCAAUCUUCAACUGCAUAAAAGAACUCACACAAAUGAGAGACCUUUUGAAUGCUUCGAGUGUGGAAAGAGAUUCAGUCACAGUAGCAUACUUCAAAGGCAUGAAAGAACUCACACAGGGGAUAGAAAAACUCACACAGGGGAGAGACCUUUUGAAUGCUCAGAGUGUGGAAAGAGAUUCAGUCAGAGUAGCACUCUUCAAGAGCAUCAAAGAACUCACACAAAGGAGAGACCUUUUGAAUGCUCAGAGUGUGGAAAGAGAUUCAGUCACAGCAGCACUCUUCAAGAGCAUCAAAGAACUCACUCAAAUGAGAGACCUUUUGAAUGCUUCGAGUGUGGAAAGAGAUUCAGUCAGAGUAGCACUCUUCGAAGGCAUCAAAGAACUCACACAAAGGAGAGACCUUUUGAAUGCUCAGAGUGUGGAAAGAGAUUCAAUCAGACUGGCCAUCUUCAAAGGCAUCAAAAAACUCACACAGGGGAGAGACCUUUUGAAUGCUCAGAGUGUGGAAAGAGAUUCAGUCAGAGUAGCACUCUUCAAGAGCAUCAAAGAACUCACACAAAGGAGAGACCUUUUGAAUGCUCAGAGUGUGGAAAGAGAUUCAGUCACAGCGGCAAUCUUCAACUGCAUAAAAGAACUCACACAAAUGAGAGACCUUUUGAAUGCUUCGAGUGUGGAAAGAGAUUCAGUCAGAGUAGCACUCUUCGAAGGCAUGAAAGAACUCACACAGGGGAUAGACCUUUUGAAUGUUCAGAGUGUGGAAAGAGAUUCAGUCAGAGUAGCACUCUUCGAAGGCAUCAAAAAACUCACACAGGGGAGGGACCUUUUGAAUGCUCAGAGUGUGGAAAGAGGUUCAGUCUGAGUAGCAAUCUUCAAGUACAUCAAAGAACUCACACAAAGGAGAGACUUUUUGAAUGCUCAGAGUGUGGAAAGAGAUUCAGACAGAAUGGCCAUCUUCAAAGACAUCAAUGCACUCACACAAAGGAGAUACCUUUUGAAUACUCAGAAUGUGGAAAGAGAUUCAGUCAGCGUGGCUAAUUCUCUUGUUUUUUGUUUGUUUUUUUCUGUUUCUUUUCACUGAUUAUUAUAAGAGUUUGCAUUAUUUCUACGUAUCCAUAACUGGAAUGCUGUAUUUAGCUUCUGAUUCUAUUUCUGUCAUGUUUUACUUUUGAUCCUUGUUUAUUAUUAGCAAUUAUUUUCUUCAGUCAUCCAUCAAUGUUUUUAAAUUUAUUUUGACUACAUUAAUAGCCUUUGCACAUUCUACCCUAAUAAUAUCUCCAUUUUCAACAGUUUUAAGAGGUUAACUGGUUGGGCGGUAUAAUAAAUUAAUAAACAAUAAUAAUACUGUUGCAUUACUUUAUCUAUGUACUGUGUAGAUGUCUUAGAAUAAAUGAAAUCAAAAUA